UUCGUUUCAUUUCAUAACAUACAGUUUCAAUAUAUUCAAAUCCAAAAUGUUCUUAACAAUAAUUGUAAUCACAUCAUUAUUAAGCUUAAGAAUAGGAAAUGCAGAACUUUUUGGAAAAGAAGACAAUGAUUUUUUCAAUAAUGAUAUGUAUAUGAAAACAAACAAGUAUGAAAAAUCUGAGAAACACCAGUAUAUUGGAAACAUAAAUGAAAAUGAUAUAAUAAAAGAUAUUUCCAAAUUUUUUGAUUAUUUAAGCAUAAACCAAUUGGGUAAGAGAAAACCAAGAAAACUGGAUUGGUGGCAAAAAAGUGUAUUUUACGAAAUUUAUCCUCGGUCAUUUAAGGAUACGACUGGCAAUGGUAUAGGAGACUUACGGGGUGUUAUUGAAAACAUACCAUACCUCAAAGAUUUGGGAAUCGGUGCAGUCUGGUUAACCCCGAUAUAUCCAUCCCCGGGAUUCGAUUUGGGUUAUGACAUUACAGACUUCAUAGGUAUAGACCCAUUAAUGGGUUCAAUGGAUGAUUUCGAUGAUCUACUAAAUAAACUUCACGAAAACGGAAUAAAAUUACUUAUGGAUUUUGUACCUAAUCAUACAAGUCACAAACAUGAAUGGUUUAUUAAAUCUGUGCAAAAAAUUGAACCAUUUACCGAUUAUUAUGUAUGGGCCAAUGCAAAAUAUAUUAAUGGCACAAGGCAACCUCCAAACAAUUGGUUGGCUUUCGACGGACCAUGUAUGUGGACAUGGAAUGAACAACGGAAUCAAUAUUAUUUACAUCAGUUUCACAAAGAACAGCCGGAUUUAAAUUUUUGGAAUCCUUUAGUUCGUGAAGAAAUAAAAAGUAUAUUAAGGUUCUGGUUGGAUAAAGGAGUCGAUGGAUUUCGAUUGGAUGCCAUAACACAUUUAUACGAGAAGCAAGAUUUGAUGGAUAUGAAAAAUCCUAUGGACAAAAAUGAAAGAUAUGGAGUUGUUUCAAGUCUUAAUGAAACCUUUAGUGAGCUAAGUAUUUGGAGAUCUAUUGUUGAUGAAUAUAAACAAAAGGAUGGCCAAACAAGAGUCUUAAUAUCUGAAACUUAUGAAAAUAUAGAGAAGGCGAUGAAGUAUUAUGGAAAUUCAACCCACCCUGGUAGCCAUUUUAUACUAAAUGCUUAUCUUAUAUCUUUACGUCAGGAAUCAGUUAGUAUGUACAUUGAAUUAAUUUCUCAAAUAUUAGCUGAAUAUUCCUCAGAUAAAUGGCCUAAUUGGACAAUAGGAAAUCAUGACAGGCCACGCGCAACUAGCGCAUAUGGAGACGAAUUAUUAGAUGGUAUAUGCAUGAUACAAUUGCUUUUACCUGGAACACCUGUUGUCUAUUACGGUGAUGAAUUAGGAAUGACAAAUACACAUUUGAGAGAAGAUCAGAUUAUUGAUAGCAAAUCUAAAAGGUUGGGUGUUUCUAAGGCUCGAGAAAUGAGUCGUACACCACUCCAGUGGAACUCGAAAGCUCAAGCAGGAUUUUCUAAUAAAACCAAAACUUGGCUACCAGUGAAUCCAAACUAUGUGAACUUGAACGUCAAAAACCAGUAUUGUUCUACUACUCGUAGUCAUUUGAAUAUAUUUAAACAACUUGUAGAGUUGAGACAGUUAGAGGUUUUUCGUUCAGGAGAUGUAAAUCUUUAUGAAGUAUCCAAAUACGUUUUGGCUUUUUCUAGAAGUAGCAGUAUUUUUAAAUCAUAUUUCGUUGUAAUAAACAUGGGUAGUGAAUUGGAAAACAUAAAUCUCAGGAAGGUUAAACGUUUUCUUCCUUCUAAAAUGACAGUGAGAGUUGCCAGUGUUACUGCGGAACAACUGACUGGGGACGUUAUUGAAACAGAGUCAUUUACUUUAAGACCCAGUGCCUCACUUGUAUUGGAGUCGUCAUUUUUUUAAACCACGAAUAUUAUAGUUAUUUAUAAUAUACAUAGAUACCAUGUAUUUAAAAUAUAUAAAUGAUUUUUUAUUUUAAUUAUGGUUCCGUUUGGUAAUUGUUUCAAAAUACUGAAGUAAAUAAGACAAAUAAAUACUGAGAAACCUGUGGAUGA